AUGGAGAGCUUGUACAAGCGCAAAAUGUUCGCGUCCAUGCGGAAAACCAAAGUGGACGCGUCAAAGAAGCGGCAGAUCGGCCUACCCGCCUCUAUCUUGGACGACAGUGACGAAGGCUCGUUCUCCUCCUCCUCCUCCUCCUCUGGAUCCCAAUCCGACUUCCAGAGCUCCCCGGAGGAGGACAGCGAGCAGGAGGACAGGGACCGCAGCGACUCCGGGGCGUCUUCCAGCGAUGACAGCCGCUCGGUGACCCGCAGGAAGCGCUCGUUUCUGGGAGGCGACGACAGCUCCUCCUCGUACAGUCCCGGGGAAGAGGAGGACGACGAGGACAAGGGGGACCGGAGCCAUCCCAAGAGAAUGGUGCAGCCCAAGAAGAGGAGCAGGUUGCAGCGGCAGGACGACUCCGAUUCGGAUCGUGCGGAGGAGAAGCGAAGAGAGGAGGCGGAGAAGGUGAAGAAGAGGCAGAGACAUAACAAACUGCUGGCGCUGUCCCGGAGGAUGAAGGCCCGGGUCCCGAACCGGAGGAGGAACCGCAUCAAGCAGGUACAUGUCCAGGUCCGACCCUCAUGACUUAUUCAACAUUUCAGCCCUUUAGUAAGUCAGAAAACUAUAUACAAGGGCUUUUUUUGUCCUAAAUACUUAACGACAAUCAUUCGUAACCGUUAAUAGCAAUUGUUAUGCAGUGUAAUAAGCAGUGAGCAAUAACUCUUUGAAGAUAUGGUUUAUAAUGCAGAAAUCCCAAUGCAAAAGAAAAUACAGCUAGUCUGGGUUUAAUAGCAUCUCUUGAAUUACAUCUCUCAAAACUGUACCUGCUUACAAAGGUUCAUUAAGAUCUCAUUCCAUGUAUCACUAAAAAAGCUUCCAAGAUUCUGAAUUUGAAUAAAUUCUAAUUAUACUAAAAACAUGCUUAAGCAGUUGUGUGAAAUGUCAGACAGAAAUACCUAAAGAUUAGAAUUUUUUAUCAAUAUAAACUAGGGCUCGACCGAUAUAGAUUUUUUGGGGGUUGAUGCCGAUAACGAUCAUUAGGGGAGAAAAAAAAAUCCGAUUAUCGAUUAAUCGGCCGAUUUCUUGAUUUUUUUAUGAAGUUAUAAAAAAUACAUAUUGUAUAUAUACAGUAUACUUCAUACUGUAGAUAUACUGUAGGCUACUGUUCUUCCCGGCGACAGGGAGACCGACUGAUGAAACUCUGACCCGAAAAGCGUUUUCAACUACCCCCCCCCUGCCAUUCGGUGCCUCUGCAUCUUAACUCACGUUACUCAUUUCCGGUCCGUCUCAUAAGAGAAGUAGCUCGAUCACGUAAUGUGUACUGUUGUUUAUUCUACCAUUACUGACACGGCUAACAGUGUAACAAGGCUAAUAGCAGAUGCCCAACUCUAACUUUAGCUUGCAUAUUACAUGGUGCUUCACCGUUAACUCAGCGUGACAGAGACUAGCACAGCAGGGAACAUCGUGAAGUGGGUUGAACAAAAACUUGUUGACUUGUUGUGUACUUCACAAACUGGUUUAUUUACCGUUGAGGCCCUUUAACACCUUCAAUGUAACUGUGAUAUAACAGCAUGUUUGCUUAGAAAAGGUUUUUGUUGAAAACUACAGGGAAUUGAAAAGUGCAUCACAACCCUUUAGUCAAAGUUGACCUUGCGAUUCUACUUUCAGGGUGAAGGGGACGAGGAAGAGUCUAAAGAGGCUGAGAAUGAUGCUGAUGAAGAUGAGGUCAAAUCUGGAGGUAGAGAAGAAAAUGGAAACAAGAAGGAGGCUGCAGGAGAUGAUGAUGAAAGUGAAGAUGAAGAGAAAGACAAAGAUGAGGAAAAGGACGACGAGGAGGAUAAGGAAGAGGAGGAAGAACAGAAGUAA